ACGGUCGCCGUCGCCGAUCCCUUCCGAGCCCGCAAUCUCGACGAACGAAUGACAAUUCCAAGGGUUGCAAAUCUGCUACAUGCGCACCCAAACUCGUGGCACGUCGCUGAUUCAGUACCCUGGUAAUGGUAAGGGUCAAGUUGCGAUCGCGGAAACAAACUCUCGCCAAACAUGCACGCCUGAACGUCGCGUUCGGAUUCGCGCAACGGCUGUUCGUCUGUCGGCGUACUGGUGGAGACUUGCCUGUGCCCUUGAGUCGUCAAGUCGCCAAACCAUGUACCACCGAAUGUCAUCCAAGACCCUCAACCCCCUUCUGUUCCUCGGAGCACCGCGCGGGGUCUUCCGCUUGGUCGACGAUUUUUGAAAUCCUUGUCUGCCCUCUAUUACGAUUGGCUGCUUCGUACGUCAGCCGCAGCUACACUCUCGACCAUCCUGAACCAUGCCGCGCGCACUAUCCCGCCCUGUGGGACCAACGGUGGUUCCAACAAUCAGAUGUGGCUCAUGCUGUGCCAAUUACAAUGUUUGACCCAGACAAUUUGCAAAUGGAGCAUCGUGUUACAGCUACCACGCUCUCGUGCCACGUCUUCCAUAUGCCUCUGUCCGAACAUGUUCGGGCCUUGACCUAAACUCAUGUCGAGACUGCACUUCUUCCCGACGCCAGAUUACACUCUAUGUAACAACGGCAUGCUUCCGCACUACAUUACCCGCACCUUGCGAGUCGCGGAAUAUUGGCUUUCGUCGGCGAAAACUCCCCAGCAAGGUCUGCCCUCUCUCUUGGCCUACACAAAGAGAGGAUAUGCGCGGGUGGAAGGGGAUGGGCGAUCCACGGAUUGGCA